AUGGACGCCAAGAUUUGCAGAGUGAUUUUUGUUCUACUCAUUGUUGAAUUUGCUGUUCUGCAGGCGGAUACAUUUUACAGUGACUGCUCUGAUGACAAAACGCUUGUCGGCGCAUUCGUGUCAAAUUGCACCCAGGCACCUUGUGUCUGUGAAGGAGGUAAUUUUGCAAGAAAAGAAAUCACCUUCAGAACAAGAAGAAGGGUUCUUUCCGGGAAGCUGCAAGCUUGCAUAAGCGAUUCACAGUCGAAGAAUUGUUUACGACAAUUGCCCGGGACGGAUAACAUCUGCAACUAUAUAGAUGAGGGAUGUCCGCUAGAAGCAGGUGCUGUAUACACGUAUAAAAAUACGUUAUUCGCACCUGAUGUUUCGCUUAAAGGCGAAGAAAGCUACAAGAUUUACGAUCAGGAUUGCAACGUGAUAGCAUGCUUGCAGUUCCCGGGGGAAAUUCGAUCAAAAAAUACUUACAUAUCACCAUCGCUAUUCACGGAUGACAGCUAUCCUUGUGGAGACAAAGAAGGAGGCAAUCAUUUCUAA